CGUCUCUACUUCCUUGACUUUGCUUUUCUUUUCAUUAAAGCAGUUUGGGGGACUUCACUUUCCUUUCUAGUACGGGGCAGUGGCUUAUCUUCUUGUUCUGAUGGAGCCCGUCAACUGCCCUCUGCCUGAAUAAAUAAAUAGCCAUUGCGCCGGUGCGCUUGUAUAUAUGCUUACACGUAAGUGCAUCUGAUCAUUGACCGACUUUUGAUAAAUCCCUAUAUACAACAACAAAGGAAGUUGAAAAAUUAUGACAUUCUAAAAGCUUGAAAGGGUACGGGGAAAAAUGGGUUGGGAAGCUUUCCUUGAGAUAUCAGCAAGACUUUUCUGUGCUCUCUCUAGCUCUCCCUUUGCUUUGGUUUAUCCCAUGUAUGCUUCCGCUCGGGCUAUAGAGAGCAAUUCCCACUCCAUAAAUCAGCAAUGUCUUGCUUGCUGGGUGCUCUUUGGUUUAAUUCAAACUAUGGAGAUGGUGCUUUCAGAGCUAUUGAAAUGGAUUCCAUUUUGGCCUCAUAUCAAAGGCGUGACAACAAUCUUUUUAGCAAUACCUUCGUUUCAGGGUGCUUCUUAUGUCUAUAAAUACUUCAUCGGCGCUUAUUUUCUUGAGAAUUCAAAAAUGCGGUACCUACUAUUUAUCCCAAGGAAGAAUGACCUCAUAGCCUGCCUCCCUGAUGCUGAUCAUACAAAUAAUGUUCAAUUUGGACCAGAAAAGUUGGAGAAACGCACCAUUUGCCAGGAAAGUUUGGAGCCUAGUUGUGACAUUUCAAAAGUGGAAUACGCUUGGCCAACUGUUGCUGUUAAUGCUCAGGUGUGGAGAUGCACUCUUUGUGAAGUCAGCACUACAAGUGAAAAAUGUUUGCAGAAACAUAUCGAAGGGAAGAAGCACAAGAUCAAAGAGCAAGAACUAAAUCCAUCUGAAUUAGAGGCAAAUACUUCAGAUAGGUCUUCAAUAAUGCCAAAGAAAACCAAACCUGGGAUGGCUUUAGACCGGAACUUCAACCUAAUAGCAAGUGGAAAUCUUCAAAAAUGUAGCAGCAUUGAUAAACCAAUGAUGUGGAUUAGUUGGCAAAAGCCACCGUCUGGAUGCACAAAACUAAAUACUGAUGGAUCAAUAUAUCGGGGAAAUGCUGGUUUAGGUGGUCUGCUCCGUGACUACAGGGGUGACCCAAUAUGUGCCUUUGUCACUAAAGCUCAUUUUGAUGACACUUUCUUGGUUGAACUAUAUGCUGUAUGGAGGGGCCUGGUUCUUGCUUCUCAUAUGGGGAUCAGGGUAAUAUGGGUUGAAUCUGAUUCAGAGAGUGUUGUGGAAACCAUAACUAGACGGCGGAGUUGUAGUGCAAAGGCUAGUAGUUACUUGAAUGACAUUUGGAGGCUUCUUAAUAAUUUUGAGGAGUAUUUAAUUUCUCACACAUGGCGUGAAACUAACAAAGCGGCUGAUUAUCUGUCAAAGAUGGUUCUGCCGGGAAGUGACGUAGUAUUAUUCCCCGAUUAUUUUCCAAUUAGCCUUUGUAAUAUCAUCAAGGAUGAUGCUGAGGGAAGGAUGUAUCCUAGGGGUUAAUCUAUUGACCCACUAGAUUGUGAACACCUUUCAAGCUACUUUAACAUCAUUUGGUCACUCAGUAGGUAGGAAACAAGAAGAAAGGGCAAUUAUAUAAUUAAUAAGACAUGGGAGACAGAGGACCUGGGAUUUCACUCUUAAGAUUCAGCAGUAAAGAUGUUGAGGUGAUUGAUAGAUUAUGCAGCGCACAUGAAUCUACCCGUUGGCUACAGUUAAGUUUAGCUGUGCUUAGAGGAUGUAAGUUGGUCGCAACAGAAGGAGACUUUCCAGGUUGUCGACGAUGUUAGCGAAUGUCAGUAGUUCAGUUUGCUAGUUUAACUCAUUAGAUUAGGCUUCGUUUAUGUUUCUUCUUGCUGAAACUUGAAUGUUGAACAUUCCAUGAGGAUGAGUACUAAUAUGAUAUCCAGCAAGGAACUGACGUGCAUCGUUGAAUUUAUAAAGCAAUACUUGUUUCUUUGCA